CAAUCUUGUCUACCCAAUGGCAUCACCCUUGUACACAGGAGACCACCACUGUGUGACUAGUGUGACCUUGUCAAUCUGACAACCAGAUGUUGUAAAAGGAAAAUGUUGACAUUCCUGCCUCAACACUUGGAUGUAGACAGGUCUUAACUCCGCUGUCUUCAAGACCUUUAGAGGGCAGCGAGACUUCCGGACCAAGAGUCUUCCAGUCUCCGGGAAUACCACUUUGGUUGCUCAAGCCAUAGGAGGAGCCGAGACGGAAGCCGGUCAAUCAGCAGCCUGGUAACCAUACCACCGGGAGUUCGACGCUAUCUCCACGGUGAUUGGACAUAGCCCGCCCGCCUAGUUCAUUACCUCACCCCGGGAAGAUUUUACGGGGUACCGCACUUCUUCAAAGACCAGCAAGACAGACUGAGAGAAAGAGGCCUUUGCAUAGCAGACUGGACCGGUGAAACAACAGCCUGGCAAUUGUGGAGAACGGUGACCAAGCCGGCCUUUCUGUAGGCACGGAGUAAUUUAAUCCAGACUUGUUUUACCCCGAGUGUCUCAGCCACCGCAGACUGCCGCAGUGAGCUUGGCUGUUGGCGGCGGGGUAGCCUGGAGGGAACCGGGGCACUACAUCGUUCCUGGGCGCGGCUCUGUCUGGAAGAAAGUCCGAGAAGAGGCCAUGGUCAGAUCGGCCCGUAACUGGGCUGCAAACGAUGCACCUACGUACUUCGCUCUGCUCUUGUGGCUUGCUGCCAACAUACUGGUCUUCCACCGUACCUUCACCGAAUACAUGUAUGAGCCUAGGUACUACUACCUACACGAGAUGCUGGGGGUGGGCCUGUGCGUGUCCCGUGCCUCUGCCUCCGUCCUGAACCUGAACUGUGGCCUCAUCCUGCUGCCCAUGUGUAGGACUGUACUGGCCGUCAUCAGGGGGUCAACACAGUGCGUUGGACGGAAGGCACGGCGGGUUCUAGACGGCAGCAGGAAGUUCCACAUGCUGUGCGGGGCAGCUAUAUGUGUGGCCGCCGCAACACACUGUCUAGGGCACUUCUACAACGCCCUGAACUUCUCGGAACAUUACAACGUGAAGUAUCCAGGUGUUAACGCAGCUGCGCAUCCCAAACAGGACCCAAUACAGGUGCUACUUCCGACAGUUCCAGGGCUGACCGGUGUGGCUAUGGUCCUAUUACUGAUGCUGAUUGUCAGCACGUCCUCCAUGGCUAUCCGGACCGUGAACUACGAGCUGUUCUGGUACACGCACCACCUCUUCCUCAUCCUCUACUGCCUUAUGCUGCUUCAUCCCAUGCGCGGGAUAUUGAAAGAACAGCUGAACUUGGACGAGCACCCACCUGGCUGCCACAUGCUCAUGGACACAGGCGGGUCGAAUGACACCUUGAACGUGACUUCAGAACCUGAACCUGAGCCGGAGCCGUACCACGGACUGAUGUCUUAUCCAGAACCCGAGGCGGAACCACUGCCCGAAGGGAGUACCGAUGAGUUUGGACGGAUAGUCACGUGUAAGGGGCCGCCUGUGUUUGACACUCAUGCGGUUGAGGUGUGGGUGUGGCUGGUGGGUCCGUUCUGUCUGUACUGUGCGGAGAGAGUGUACCGUCUGGUACGGAGUAACUCUCCAGCUGCCAUCUCCGGCAUCAUAGAGCAUCCUGACGAGGUGGUGGAGGUCCAGCUGACCAAGGAAGGCUUCGUGGCCAAACCAGGGCAGUACGUGGUCAUCAACUGUCCGGAUGUGUCAACACUGGAGUAUCAUCCUUUCACACUUACUAUGUGUCCAUCGUCAAGAGACCCAACAUUCAGUAUCCACCUUCAAAAAAUGGGAGAUUGGACAGAAUCCCUGUAUGAACGUCUACUGCCGGAUACAGACGGGACAGACGAGAGUUUACCGGUGAUGGUGCACAGGCAGUACCCGAUACUGUACGUUGAUGGCCCGUUUGGUAGUCCCAGUGAAAACGUCUUCCACUAUGACGUCAGCCUGUGUAUAGCUGGUGGAAUCGGCAUCACACCAUUUGCCUCCGUACUCAACCAUCUACUAAACGAAGGUACGAAGUCUUCCAGACUGCGGCGGCUGUACCUGGUCUGGGUCUGCAAAAACAUCACGUCUUUCUUAUGGAUCGCUCAGGUUCUAUGUUCGCUACAACGGCAGGCAUGGAAUGAAAACAGACCGGACUUCCUGAAUAUCCACCUACAUUUAACAAGAAGCAGAGAUGUACAGAUACUAGAGAGAGAAUACCCAUUCCUGAACAGCCGUGUACACGUAGGCCGGCCACAGUGGAGGCAUAUCUUCGACGAGGUGGCCAGAUAUAAUCCAAGGUAAGGUUGUGGAACUGUCCCUCAGUGC